AUGGCUGACGAGUACGCAGACUUGAAGCAGAUGUUGCAGCAGCAGCUGAAGCUGAUGGAGGCUCUGACCGUCAAGCUAUCCAAUUCAUCUAUGGACCAAUCAAGCGCGGCUGGUGGUUCACAAUCUGUUGAUCACAUUGCCGGCAGCAUCACCGAAUUCUUUUAUGACCCGCAGGCCCAUAUCACCUUUGAUUCCUGGUACAAGCGAUACGAGGACUUGUUCUCUGUCGAUCUGGCUGCCCAGGACGAUGCAUGGAAGGUCCGACUUCUACUUCGCAAACUGGGUCCGGCUGAACACGAGCGUUAUGCAAACUUCAUCCUUCCCAAGAAUCCCCGGGAAGUCGCUUUCAAGGACACGGUUCAGACGUUGUCGCAGAUUUUUGGUGAGCAAACAUCCCUCUUCAACACUCGAUUUCAGUGCUUGCAACUGUGCAAACGAGAUUCCGAUGAUUUUAUCACGUACGCGGGCAUUGUUAAUCGUGAGUGUGGGCGUUUCCAACUCGGUUCUCUCACUGAAGACCAGUUUAAAUGCCUUAUAUUUAUCUGCGGCCUCCAGUCCCCCAAGGAUGCUGAUAUCCGGACACGUCUCCUGUCCAAAGUGCAGCAGAACAACUCCACCACACUCCAAGAGCUGGCAGCAGAGUGA